AUGAGUAAAAAUCAAGCGCCGAAGCUUUCUUCGGUUAAUGCAGAAUCGUCCCCGGAAGAUGUUUUCAAGAAACUGAACAUUCGGUAUCGUGUCUGUACAAAAUUCGCUAAAAAGAGGUACGAAAUGUUUUCAUCAUUGUUGAGUACUUAUGGAAUGAUUAGUGACGACGAGCCGGAUAUUUGUAUAUGUAACCGACCGAUGAGUGCUCACGAUGAAAAAGAACCGAGUGAAACACAUUGGGAUAUGCAUCACAAUACUGUCGAAAAACUCGAUCCUGCUCAUGGCGUUGUGCUUCUCAAUGGGGCACUGUUUACUCGACUUGCCCUGGACACGCCCAAAGUGAAAGUUGAAAGACUGUUUUCUCAUUAUUGGCGUAUGUCAGAACCACGUUUGAUUAUGUCGAUAAUCGGUGGUGCGAAAUAUUUUACGCUGAGUGAACGUUUAGAGUCGAAUUUUAUCAACGGGAUCAUUGAUGUUGCAUUGAAAUCAGACACAUGGUUAAUCACGAAUGGAUAUAAUGUUGGUAUAGUUCAACUCGUUGGACAGGCGAUCAAUAAAGUAAAAUUAACCAAAUUAAAUCGACAUAUUACAGCGAUUGGACUUUGCAAAUGGGGAAGUAUUAAAGACGUGGAAGCGCUCACUAGUUCUCAAACAACAAGUAAACAAAGUAAAAGUCGAACGACUAUAAGUGAUACUAGCAACGAUGAUGAUAAGAAACGUGAAAGAGGUCAACGAGAUUUGGAACUGAAUCAUAGCCAUUAUUUAAUGUUAGACGAUGGACGACAUCGAUUUUAUGAUAUUGGUGAUUACCGAACGAAACUAUGUGCACAUUUAGCAAAAUUACAACAUGAAUACGAACCGCCAAUUCCGGUCGUGACAAUUGUUGUCGAAGGCGGACAGGAUACAAUCGCGAAUAUAUAUUACGAUUUACGAGAGAAUAUUCCUGUUGUCAUCAUCGAUGGCAGCGGACGCGUUGCGGACUUCUUCAAACGUUGUUUACUAUAUACGAAAGAGUUUGACGAAGCGGAUAAACACUCUGACAUUGCAUAUGAAAUUGAAGAGAUCAGUGACGUCUCUACCGAUACAACAAGAGCAACUAAGAAACAGCAUUAUGAUGAACGUACUGGAAAAACAAAUGAAUAUACACACGUGACAGUUGAACUGGACAAGUCUCGGAAUACACUUGAGGGAAACUUUGAAAAGUUUGCUGAUCGCUUAAAAAAGGAUUUGGCUGCUCUUUUAUCACAUGAAAAUGAUUCAGCGAAACGAAGUUCAAAAUCAAAUAAAGAUGAUAAAGGAUUCAUCACAACACUUCGGCAAGUCAUGUAUUGCCUCCAGCCUGCUGUUCGCUCCGGUUUAUCUGUAUUUAAUUUAAACUCAGAUAAUGACCUUUCUGAAACUAUUUUUCGAAGCAUCUGCAAAGCACAGCAGAAGUAUUUCGAACGACGAGAACUGGACCAAGCGGACGUGAUAGACAUGCGUCACCGCAGGUUUCAGCCACCGCCCACUGCCGAAACGAUUCAACGACAUGCAACCGCAACUAACAAUGUUCACAGACGGGAUCGAAGUGCGCAACGUUCUGAUUUAUUACUAUUAGCAAUGGAUUGGGAUUGUAUCGACGUUGCAAAAGAGCUGAUUUUACAAAAUUCCAUCGAUAACAUUUUAAAUAAAGAAGAAGCUUUUCGCUAUGCUUUAUCACAAAAUUUACCGACAUUCGUCUAUGAAUUUCUGAAAUUAGGUGUUAAUCCAGCUGAAAUCUUCUUUCCAAGGGAAACAUUCUUUACCGGAAGAAAUCGUUAUAGGAAACUGAUUGAAUGCAUAUAUCGAAUCGAUAAAGAAACAAAUGAUCAGACUCAUUUAAGUUCAUUCAUAGAAGCAAGUGACGAAACCGAAAAAUGUAUUCGUACAACUGAUGAUCUGAACACACUUCUCGCUACACUUGUCGGUGAUUAUAUGCAUAAAUUAUAUUUUGACACCCGUGAAGAAGAGAUUCAACAUAGACGAUCUUGGGGUUUAGUUGAUGAUGCCACGGAGACAAACUCAACGUCUGUUUACAUUGUUGAAAAUGAAGAGAAUUAUGCAAGAGCUGCUUGUAAAGAACUUGUUAGUGAUUAUGUCAUGCGCGAUCUAUUCAUCUGGGCGAUACUAGUGAAUCAUACAGACAUAGCAAAAGUGUUUCUAAGUCAUAUGAAGUACCGAAUAUGUGCUGCAUUGGUUGCUACGAAGAUUUUGAAACAAUAUCAUAAAAGAGCAGCACAUGGAGAUUUGAAAGAUGGAUAUGCGAAUAGUAUUGACUAUUUUCAAAGUUAUGCCAUUGCUUGUAUCAAUCAAUGUGAGAAAAAUGAUCCGGAAUUAGCUUGUGAAAUUGUUCUACAACGAAUUGAGUUGUAUGGAAAUGCGUCCUGUUUACAAGUUGCUGCCGAUGCUGAAGAUAAACUAUUUAUUGCCUCAUCAUGUUGCGUUCAAGCCAUGCAAAAUAUUUGGUAUAAUAAAAUGCAUCCUGAUCAAUCAAGAAAACGAAAUGAAGUCGCAAUGACAAUCGGUUUCUUCUCAUUUGGAUUGUUAGCUCCAUUUCUAGUCAAUUUUCGUAAAGUAUCCAAGUUACAGAAAGAUCAACAUUUAACUCGAACUUUACAACCGUAUGGUAUAAACUAUCCUGAUCCGUAUCCACUUGAACAUCCUCGAUAUUGCAAAAUACCGCCAGUGAACACCUAUCUGCAUAAUGUGAAGAACUUUUACCAAUCCUUGCGCGUAAAAUACUGUUGUCAUUGCAUGGUUUACUGCUUCUUCCUUCUACUGUUCUCGUACGUACUUCUGUUUGACUUUCAACCGCCGACAGAUAGCAUACCAUCGAUUCAUUGGACGGAAAUUUUAACAAUUAUCUUUGUUUCGAUCAUGUUAAUUGAAGAAAUUCACUAUUUUAUCGGGCAAGAUAGUCUGACGAUGCUUGGCAAGUGUAUGAGUUACUUUCAGAGUUUAUUCAAGAUUAUGACGCUGCUAGGAUUCGUACUCUUCUAUAUUGGAUUAAUUCUUCGAUUUACAUAUGCGAGUGAUCAAGUUUCUUUCGUGGCGGCAAGAGUAGUAAUGGCAUUUGAUCUGGAAAUCUGGUGGCUUCGUUCGUUGUCGUUCAUCAUUGUUGUACCCUUUCUUGGACCUCAUCUUGUUGCUAUUGGAAAAAUGCUGAAAGAUCUCUUAUUUUUCAUGUGUAUUAUCGCCAUUGUUAUGACUGGAUACGGAGUUGCUUCUCGAUCAAUGGUCUACUAUUCCAAUGCGGAUCUAUUUCCAAGUGAACAGAUUGAUACCUCUUUCAAUGGACGAAGUAUAUUUCGUCAGAUUGCUUAUCCAGUAUAUUAUCUCAUGUAUGGAGAGUUUGGCAAUGAGCUAUCCGAUCUUGAUGCAAAUCGUGAUGCCGGAUGGUCAAUCUCGACGCAUGUCCUGCUCGCGGCUCAUAUGAUUUUCGUCAAUAUUCUUCUAACUAAUUUGUUGAUUGCCAUGUUCAGUAAACGAUUCGAUCAAGUUUAUGAAGAUACACAAAAUAUUUGGCAUUCUCAGCAAUACAUUUUUACUAGAGAAUAUUACACGCGGUCUCCAUUUUUUCCUCCGAUUAGCCUUUUCUACGAUAUUUACUAUUUGUGUCGUAUCGCAUUUUUCUCUAUUCGUCGAAAGUGCUUCAAAAGUAAAGUCGGAGAUCGCCGAGCGAAAGUCUUCAAAAUGAUUCCGGUCAAUAAAGACGUGGAACGACGAUGGUAUGAAUUCGAAGGUGCAUCAACGUAUGAAUACGCUCAUGCUGAAGUGAAAUUGGCAAAAAUUUCAUCGACUAUAUCAACCAGCGGAUCAGAUUCGACGAAAAGCGAAAAGAAAGACGAUGCAACUGAUAAUAAUGCCGCGAAUGGGGAUGCAAAUAAUCCAGCGAAUAACAUUCGUCAAAUACAAGAUUAUUUAGCAACUGUGAAUGACACUUUGGAAUUAAUGAAGACACAAUUGAAAAUUUUAGUUGAAGAAAAAUAUCAUUAG